UGUUUUAAAAUAUUAUGUGCAUGAUAUGAUUUUCUCACAAACAUAUUGUCUACAGGUUAUGUUGCCAAUGAGUGUCAAUGUUCUGACCUAUAUCGAGUACUACAAUUAAGACUUGGUUUGUAUGUGAGGUCCGAAUAGAGCUUACGAUAUGGUUUGUAACCUGUACUGUUGAAACCUCUCCGUUUGAUCGUUUAUAGAUACCUAUUCGAUGGAUGAUAUUUUAAGAAUAACAAAUUUACUAAAGGUACAGACAAAAUAAAGAUUUAGAUUUGAUAUACAGUUACAGAGAUCAUGUCAUUGAAAAUGUCGGCUGAAGCUAUUGUCAUAAUGAUUUUGGUAUCAGUCCAAAUCUGUCAAGGAAAAUUCUCAGUGACAUAUUCAUUUCCAACUGAUUCGUGUGUCAGUGAUCCAUAUCUUGUUGACGGAAAUACCAUGGUUUACAUGAAGUUUGAAGGGGAUUUCGGCAGCCAGGAAUGUAGACAAAUGUCAUUCACAUUUCCAAAAUCUGUCUUUUAUUCAUAUAAAUUGUGCGUGACGGAGCUAUACUAUAGUAGCUUAAAAUGUCAGAGUAAAAUUUGGUCUUGGGUUAACUAUGACUACGACUACGACAAUGCUGCUUAUAAUGAGGAACAGAUAUCGGGAGAAGGCUGCUCAAGAAAUUCGUAUGAUUCAAACACAAUGUUCUCACGGUGUUUAUACGGUUCUCAACUUCAAAUUUCAUUUAAGUUGAGAAAAUUAGAGAAAGUGGUCCAAAACAAUGUAAAUGACACUUUUAAGUUUCAAAUUGAAACAAAAUGGGAUUACAAUUAUGACAUGAUUGGUGUUCUUACCGGUGGCAUUGUUGGACUGUGUAUUUUCACUGGAAUAGGAAUUUGUUUGUGUAUCAAUUGUCGCCGUAGAAAACGAGUAACAGGAAGAUACUGUGGCACAUGUCCCACAUAUAUACACAGUUGCUGGAAGUUCAUGAAAGAAGGGUUAGCACAAGGCAUCUCAGGAGAAUUGGCUGCAGCUGGUAUAUUGUUAUGUUCCUGUGUAAUUUGUAGACGACAAAAUUAUAAACAACAGGAACAAGAUCAAUGUGAAAAAGUUACUAUUGAAACUGAUUGCACCUCAACUGAUUCAGAGAACAAAUGGGAAACCGUCACGGGCUUUAAAGAUCAAGACACAGCUCCAUUGUGUGACAGUUAAAAUGGCAAACAUUUUAGGAUAAUGAAAAACAAAAACAUGCUUAGAUAAGAAAUAAAUAAUUAUAGCUCUGUAUUAUAUAUAUAUUUUUAAAACAGUACAAUGCACCUCUAUAAAUGCCUAUCAGCAUUUUAGAAAUUUGAAAUGAUUUACGAUAAUUAAUGUGGCAAAGUGUUUUUUUUUUAUUGUUGAUAAAACUGUUUUUGAAUAAUAAUAUGUAUACCUUAUAUAGUUUGUUAGAAGAAAACUGUACAAUAUACCAAGGACGAACUUUAUUUCGAGUAUACAAUUUAAACGACAUUCUCAUGUUGCUUGAUUUACCUUCGAGGUGAAGAGAAUGGAAUUCUACUUAACUGUUACAAAUAUAUUACACGCUUUUCAAUCAAUUGGGAUAAAUUAUACUUUACUUAGUUGGGCACCAGUUAACUGUUUGGACUUACAUGACAUAACCAUCGAUGAAAUCUUCUGUAGAUACAACAUGCCUCGCGUAUACAAUUUUAGCUCUAGGGAAAAAUGAAAUUUAGUUUAUUUGAUAGUGUUUUCAUCAUGUCCAUUAAUCAACAUCCAUUAUUCAUGAAAGGGAAACAGAACUUUUGAAUAUUGUUUCAAACAGGAAAUGAAUAUUUUACAUGCAGGAGUAAUAGAGUGCUACUAAAACAUACAUAUAAAUAAGGAGUUAACAAUUUGAAACUGAAAUCAUCCUUUUUGUCGUAAUUUUGUGUUCUCCACUGACCCUCAUUGUUCCUUUUUAGAUGAAAGUCAAGAUACGAGGCAAAAUCAAUUGAAUCUAUAAUAUCAUUUAAAUCAAUUUGGAAUUUAUAAAAGCGUUUAACAUAUUCACGAACAUUUAUUUAUUUAAUGGCAGAACAUCAUACAUAAAAAGGAAUGUGGUGUAAAAACAUACAUAUGUUAGACCGUGUUCACAUUGACCUUAAUUCGGUUUUGUAUUAGUGUAACUCACACGUAAACUAAACACAAUUAAAUUCCCAUUGAUAAAACUCAAUGUUUACAUGAAGUUUAAAUAAUGUUUUGUCUACACACAGUCGAUAGUCAAUGUAGGCCUUCUGUAGGUUAAGUGUAUACAAAACUAGGCAUAUCGGACAUUAGUUUUAUCGUGUAUAUAUUUAAGGAGGAAACUAUUUUUGAAAAAAAUGAUAUUUUUAACAUU